AUGGCGACAAUCUCAUCACAGUCGCGGCUCGACUCCCCUUUCGAGUCGGCCAAGGAGCCAUCGACCGAUUCAGCAUCAGCCUCACAACCGGCUGCCGCCGGCUUGGGUCGUCUCAACGUCGACGACAAACAUGAUGAUGCAUGUAUGCUCUCACAGGCAUCAGACAACUUGGACACGCCGCCUUUCCCAACAUCGCCUCGACUCGAUCCUUGGUCGCCGCGCGACUACUCGACCAUAUCUUCUCUGGCUGGUUCGCGAGAGCUAGGCAGACCCGCAAUGGAACCGACCACCAAGACUUUCACAGCAAGCUCGCUCCUCCCAGAAAGCCAAAGCAAAGCAUCCAUGAGCGUCACACCACAUGCAGCAGCGGCUACCCAAUCAGGCCUGGAUCUAGUGCAAGCAGACGUCGCUGACGUUGCUUUUCACGCUGAGCCGCAAGGUUUAAUGCAGAUGCUCAGUCUCGUCGGGAGCACUUUCUUUGAUGCUGAUACCGAGGGAUACACAGAAGACGAUGUCGAGGAUUCCGACCUGCCGACACACCCGCUGCCAACAUCACCACUCAUCACCAACACGCAUUACAAACCAGAGGUGCAUUGCUCCGAGUCAGAGCAAGACAGGCAAACUCCUGAACGCUCAACCAAGGGCCGUCUGCGGGCUCUAGCGCGAGACGACCUGUCCGAAGAUGGCUCUACACCACAGGGCAGCAGAUCGCCCUUGGAUGCAUCGGUGCUUACCAUUGGUCCUAGUCGAGCAAAGCGCACAUCACUCACUCAAAGCGACAUUAUCGCACCCUCGUGGGAUUCGACAAUCACGCGAGCAACAAGGAGACCCACCCAUCUCCGUUCACAGCUUCAUCAUGUCGCAUCCGCGUCCAUGUCUGCCUCGACAUCUAAGCUAGCCAGCAGAGAUAUUGAUCAAGAUGGACAAGGCACUCUGACAACGAGCAGCCCCUUCGACGAAGAGUCGACCGACACGCCACAUGUACCCCCGACACAACAGCAGAGCAUGGAAAGCGAAAGCAUGCCGUCUGAUGCCGAUCGACCAACCAAAUGGAGCUCGGAUCCGCUCUUGAUACGACCAUACCAAGAUGCACAAGCUUCCGAUCAGAGGCACUCGGACGUGUGCGAAUCAGAUCGUCUCCGCCUGCUUCACCAGCUCAAGGACAUCUUUCAUCUCGACGCAGCAGAGACGCUGCUGCUGGCACAACCAUGCUGGCUUUUUCGAUCGCUUCUUCUUCAGGGUCAUCUCUACCUCACAAGCAGUCAUGUGUGCUUCUACGCCUAUCUGCCGUCUCGCGACGAAAAGACGAUCAAGACUGGUCUGCUCGGCAAGCGCACGCGCAGGACACAUCGUUUCAGCAAGCACUGGGCGUCACUCAAAGGUGGCAAGCUCAGCUGGUUCGAUAGCGAUCAAGAUCCCUACUUUCCCCAGGGGCACAUCGACCUACGCAAAGUGUCUGCCAUCGAGCCGUCCACGACUAACAAGGACCGCUUCAAGGUGACCACUCCAGCUCGCAGGUUCACCUUCCUGACCGAAGGCGAGCACAGCAGGGAUGCUUGGGUCUCAGCGCUGCAAAAGGAGACGUUCCGCGCACAGAAUCAGGGCGAGAGCGUCCGUAUCAGCAUUCCGCUCGAGACGAUUAUCAAUGUUGAGACCACGCUGUCAGUCGAUGGUACAGAUAUGGCCUGCAUCACUGUUGUUGACGAGGCCGGCGAUUUCUCGAUCGACGAAUACUACUUUUUGCAUCUCACCAAGCCGAGUGCUUUCAUCUCUGGUCUUAACGCGCUUCUCAAUCAAGCUGUCCGGGGGUCAAUCUCAUCACUUCAAGGCGGUGAUCAGGCUCUCAGUCUCUCGAGGUUGAGCAUUCAUGACUCCACUAGCGCUAUGCACGCGGCGGCGAUAUCGCGCAAAUCGCUCGAAGAGGUGCCCGUACUUGCAAAAGUACGUGUUUCAACCCAAACAGACAAGCGCAUCGCUCAUCCCACAGCCGUCAACAAGACUGUCGCCACACAAUCGACGCGCGGCUCAAGCGACCGGCAAGACGAGCUUGACAAAGCUACUUCGACAGCUACGUCCGUUGCUGUGCCAGUGAGCAUUCGCAGAAAAUCGCAGGAGGUGUCAGCGGACGCGGCUCUGUCAACCACACCACGCGCUGAGGCCCUCAACCGUCUUUCAAUGGAGUCAUCGCACACAUAUCCACCUUCUCCAUCCACCUCAGAUCCGCCGUCAUCUUUCGAUGAGGUGCAAAGGGAGGCCGAACGAGGUUGGGCGAUCCCCGACUGGCUCAAAUCCGCGCCCGCUAAGGUCCUGGGUCUUGCAACGGACAGCAGCUCAGCAGCCUCCAUGAAAUCGCAGCCUACCAAUACAGGAGCAAGAAGGCGACGCAAAGUGCUGGAAAAGUGGACAGACGAAAGGGGUGACGAUGUCAGCAGAGCAGAGUCGAGCAACACAGACAAUGACGAUGACGUCUUGUCUCAUUCCAUCCUCUCGACGCACUCCAACUACUCGAUGCUCGACGCAGAUAACGAAGCAGCCGAGACGUCGGAUCACACGAGCGUCGCUGUUGAGUUCCGCGACACUUUCGGGAUCGGAGAGGACGAAGGGCUGAUCGGUCACACGCAUGCCUAUCUUUAUCGGGUCUUGCCUGUGGCUGGAAGGUUCUUUGUUGCCGAACACCACCUGGCAUUCCGCUCGUCUGGCAUCGCAGCCAAGACUGUGGGUCGGACACUCAUGCUGGUCCCUCUGCACGAUGUCAUCUCGGCUGCCAAGCAUGUUGCGUUCCGUCCUGGUCAUCAUGGUAUGGUGAUCAAUAUCAGCGGCCACGAAGAGCUCUUCAUCGAAAUUUCUUCGGCUCACCGACGCGAUGAAUUGCUCGGCCUGAUCGAAUACCAGCUUGAGCUUGUCCGAGGUGGGAGGGAAAGCAGGAUAUCGCAUGAGGCAGCCACUCGCGAACGGUCGAAUGCGCUCGUGCUUCGAGACUUGAGCGAACGGAUCCAUGAUGGACCCGCGACUGCAUCCAUGGCCUCGUCGGCGAAUUCGUCUGUGCUUUCUCAGACAGGACCAGGAUUUGACAAUCAAUCGACGAGCUUGUCGCAACUUGAAGAAGGAUCCAGUGUCCUGUCCUUUGCACCAACUGCUCCACUCACCUUUACGAUGCUGACCAUCGGCUCCAGAGGCGACGUUCAACCCUACAUUGCGCUUGCCAAGGGUCUCUUAGCUGAUGGACAUCGGGUGAGAAUCGCAACUCACGCCGAGUUUGGACCUUGGAUCUUGGGUCACGGCAUAGAGUUUAGCGAAAUCGGCGGCGAUCCGGCAGAACUGAUGCGCAUCUGCGUCGAAAACGGCACCUUCACUGUAUCAUUUCUUCGCGAAGGCGUCACCAGGUUCCGCGACUGGCUCGACGAUCUGCUCGCUUCGGCCUGGCGUGCAUGUCAAGGUUCGGACGUGAUCAUCGAAUGUCCAAGCGCCAUAGCGGGCAUCCAUGUAGCUGAAGCGCUCCAGAUUCCCUACUUUCGAGCGUUCACCAUGCCCUGGACACGCACUCGUGCCUAUCCACACGCGUUUGCCGUGCCGAGCAAGAAAGCAGGCGGCAACUACAACUAUAUGUCGUACGUCAUCUUUGAUCAGAUGUUUUGGCGUGCCUCUGCUUUCCAGAUCAAUCGAUGGCGAAAGAAGCUGUUGGGUCUGAAGCCGACCAGCUUUGACAAGUUGGAACAGCACAAAGUACCUUUUAUCUACAACUUCAGUCCCAGCCUUGUACCUCGACCGUUGGAUUGGUUCGAGUGGAUCCAUGUGACAGGAUUCUGGUUCUUGGACAAUCCGGACAAUUCAUCGAGCAAGAAAUGGGAGCCACCAGUGGACUUGGUCGAAUUCAUCCGAGUGGCUAGGGAGAACAAGAGGAAAUUGGUAUAUAUCGGGUGGGGGUCAAUCGUGGUGCCUGAUGCAGCGGCGAUGACGCGAUGCGUUCUGCAAGCGGUGAAGAAGAGUGGAGUGUGUGCAAUCUUGUCCAAAGGUUGGUCGGAUCGACUUUCUUCUGAUCCAUCGACGCCGAUCGAUGCCAGUAUCAGCGCCGAUGUAUUUCAAGUAUCGUCGGUCCCGCACGAUUGGUUGUUCCCACAGAUUGAUGCGGCAUGUCAUCACGGGGGUGCGGGAACGUUGGGGGCUAGUUUAAGAGCCGGAUUGCCGACAGUGGUCAAGCCGUAUUUUGGUGACCAAUUCUUUUGGGGUCAGCAGAUCGAGAGUCUGGGUGUCGGCAGUUGUGUAAGGCAGCUGACAGUGGAUAGUUUGGCAAAGGCGUUGGUGAGAGCGACAAGCGAUAAGAAGCAGAUCGACAGAGCGAGGAGGUUGGGCGAGCAGAUCAGGACCGAAGAUGGUGUGGGUGACGCAGUAAAGGCGAUUUACCGGGACUUGGAGUAUGCGACGAGUCUAAUCAAAAGGGAUACUCGGAUCGAGCACAUGCCUAUGGUUACACGCACCCGGACCACAGAUACUGCUUUGGCGCGUAGAGGCAAAGACACCUCAGUAGCCGUGCAAGAUGAAAAUGACGAGGACGGUCACACCUCGGAUGAAUGGUCAGAUAUCGGCGGCGGCAGCGAGUCGAGUCCGCGUGAUGAAACUGAAGUGCCUAGGUCAUCGUUGAUUCUCAAUCGACUGCCAUAG